UGUUGUUGGGUCAAUCUCUGUGGUUUUGCAACACCGCCGUCUAUUUGUCAGUCUUUCACACCGUUGACGAGGUUUUGACUAGAUUGACGAUUCUCCCAAACUGAGACAGGCGGUGGUUUAAAUCUAGGUGUUGUCUGCCUAAAAGUUAUUGGAGUUUUUCUCGCUCACGAGAUUAUUAUAGCACGUACGGCACGUACUUGUUUUGGACUACAAAUAUAGAUUAUUACGGCACGUACUUGUUUUGGACUACAGGUACCAUAGAUGUUUUCAAAAACAAAGAUCUCGCUUGUAGUCGAAAACACGCGAGGGUGACACGGUGCUCAAUAGUUGUUGUUAUUGGGAAAAUGGCGUCCAACGUAGAGGCCCCGGAAUCUUGGUACCUCGCCCUUCUCGGCUUUGCAGAACAUUUCCGCACCUCAAGCCCACCCAAAAUUCGUCUGUGUGUACAUUGUCUUCAAGCUGUUUUCCAGUUUAAACCUCCGCAAAGGGUUGAGGCAAGAACUCAUCUUCAACUAGGCUCGGUCCUCUAUCAUCAUACGAAGAACAGCGAGCUCGCGCGGAGCCACUUGGAGAAAGCGUGGUUCAUUUCACAACAAAUCCCACAGUUUGAAGAUGUUAAAUUUGAGGCUGCAAGUCUUUUAUCAGAACUCUACUGUCAGCAGGUACCGAAUCUGGUGGAUUCUGCAAAGCCUUUACUGCGAAAGGCAAUUCAGAUCUCACAGCAGACUCCCUAUUGGCACUGCCGCCUGCUGUUUCAACUGGCGCAACUGCACACUCUAGAGAAGGACCUUGUGUCUGCAUGUGACCUCCUGGGUGUCGGUGCUGAGUACGCCAGAGUGGUGGGCUCGGAAUAUACCAGAGCGUUGUUUCUCCUGAGUAAAGGAAUGCUCCUACUGAUGGAGAGGAAGCUGGGGGAGGUGCACCCUCUGCUCACUCUGUGUGGGACCAUCGUGGAGAACUGGCAGGGAAACCCCAUCCAGAAAGAGUCUCUUAGGGUCUUCUUUCUGGUGCUGCAGGUCACACACUACCUGGACGCUGGACAGGUGAAGAGUGUGAAGCCCUGUCUGAAGCAGCUGCAGCAGUGCAUCCAGACUAUCUCUACACUCCACGACGAUGAGAUCCUGCCCAGUAACCCGGCUGACCUCUUCCACUGGCUGCCCAAAGAGCACAUGUGUGUUCUUGUCUACCUGGUGACUGUCAUGCACUCCAUGCAAGCAGGGUAUUUGGAGAAGGCACAGAAAUACACAGACAAAGCACUCAUGCAGCUUGAGAAACUAAAAAUGCUGGACAGCAGUCCCAUCCUCUCCACUUUCCAGGUCAUUCUGCUGGAGCACAUCAUCAUGUGCCGACUAGUCACUGGUCACAAGGCCACCGCAUUACAAGAGAUCUCCCAGGUCUGCCAACUGUGCCAACAGUCCCCCAGGUUAUUCACCAAUCACGCUGCCCAGCUUCACACUCUACUAGGCCUGUAUUGCAUAUCUGUCAACUGUAUGGACAAUGCAGAGGCACAGUUCACCGCCGCUUUGCGGGUAAGUGACCUAACCACACACCAGGAGCUGUGGGCGUUCAUUGUAACAAACCUGGCCAGCGUCUACAUCAGGGAAGGAAACAGACACCAGGAGCUCUACAGUCUCCUUGAGAGGAUAAACCCUGAUCACAACUUUCCUGUGAGCUCUCACUGUCUCCGCGCUGCAGCCUUCUACGUCCGAGGACUCUUGUCCUUCUUUCAAGGACGCUACAACGAGGCCAAACGGUUCCUUAGAGAAACUCUGAAGAUGUCCAACGCGGAGGACCUGAAUAGACUGACAGCCUGCUCACUGGUUCUGCUAGGCCAUAUAUUCUAUGUACUGGGAAACCACAGGGAGAGCAACAACAUGGUGGUUCCAGCGAUGCAGCUGGCCAGCAAGAUCCCUGACAUGUCUGUCCAGCUGUGGUCCUCGGCCCUUUUAAAAGAUCUGAAUAAGGCCCUGGGAAACACCAUAGAUGCCCAUGAAGCAGCUCAGAUGCACCAGAACUUCUCGCAGCAGCUUCUCCAAGACCACAUCGCUGCCUGCAGCCUCCCCGAACACAACCUCAUCAGCUGGACGGACGGCCCACCACCUGAGCAGUUUCAAGCCCAGAACGGCCCAACAUCCAGCCUGGCCAGCCUGCUAUGAGCACCAGGCUCGUAACACAAGGGCUGCCUUCCUAAAGGCCUCAAAGUUGUCUAGAAUUGAACCAUAGUUUCUUUCUGUCUUAGGAAAAUUUGAGGGGGAGUGUGAAAACAUUGUAGCAGUUAUAUGAAUAAGGUAUUCAUGGUUUUUUUCUCUCCAGCUUUUCUUUGUAUGAAUGCAAUUUCUCCUCAUGCAUGGAAGUUCCUGAUAUUGAUUUACUCUACACGUGUUGCUAACCAUCUGCUGAAGAUUUUCACAGCUUCAUUGUUUUGUACCACCCCCAUCCCAUCCUCAUGAAUUAGUGUAGGUACAAUUGCCAUCACUUCUCAUGUAUUGAACCAGUAACAUGUUUUGUUUCAUGCUAAGUUUGGACUUGGAUCUGAAUGUUAACUGGGUAGUGUUGUUGAGCUCAACAGUUUGAAUUUCUUGCUGAAAGACUGCAAGUGAGAAUAGCGAAAUAAUUGAAUGUUCAAGUGCAGUUACUUAAUGGAACAGCAGGUGUCCCUGUUGAGCUUUGCUUUGAAAAACCUGCUUUGAGAGAUUUUGUUAAAUUUGGCCUGUCAUAGAUUAGCAAGAUGCAUCACAAACUCAUCUGUUUUCUGUACAUAUGAACUAUAGUUAAUUUAAUUUCCAUAGAUCAUGAAGUUGGACAUUUUAUGAACAUACAAGGAACCUCAGAUAAAAAAAAUCUAUGCUACUUUUUGUAAUAUUAGAAUUUGUCUUUAUAGUUCUAGUUAAGGGUUUUCUUGACAAUACAUUAUAUCGAUAUGCGACAUACGAAACCUUUAUUGUACAGUGACAUUUUAUAACGUAAAUGUAGUCAAGUGUGUAAUGAAUUUUAAACUCUCAAGAUGUAGUACUCCAACUCAAUGCUUGGCAUUUAAGUCAAUCUUAAUGAGUAGACACAUCAGAAGCUUGAGUACUUGCCAUAUUCUAUUCAAUGCCUAUACUUUUAUUGCUUGUUUCAAUAAUUUUUCUGACAAAAGUCAGAAUAAACAUGGUAUUUGCAACCAUAA